AUGGCAUCCUUUGCAAUGGUGUUUAGAUUUGCCAACGUCACAGACCCUCUCCUUGGAUGGCUUAAUUCAACUGACCAUGACCAUUCAUACAACUACUUUUCUCUGUUCUUUAUACUGCUGAUCUUUGCCAUUAUUUUCGGGAACAUAUUGGUGUGCCUUGCGGUGGUGAAGGAGAAAUCUUUACAGACAACGACCAACUACCUUGUUGUCAGUUUAGCAGUAGCGGAUCUGCUAGUUGCAACUUUGGUGAUGCCAUGCGUCGUGUAUCUGGAGGUGGUAGGGGCUUGGAGAUUCAGUCGAACAAGCUGCAACAUCUUUGUGACACUGGAUGUGAUGAUGUGCACUGCAAGCAUUUUAAACCUCUGUGCUAUCAGCAUUGACAGGUACACUGCUGUGGUAAUGCCUAUCCGAUAUAAUACAAAUUGCAGUUCCAGGAGACGGGUGACUCUAAUGAUCAUUACUGUGUGGAUAUUAUCAUUAGCAAUUUCUUGUCCCCUCUUGUUUGGUUUCAAUACGACAGAUGACCCCACAUUAUGUUCUAUAUCCAAUCCCGACUUUGUUGUCUACUCCUCCAUUGUUUCCUUCUACUUGCCAUUCUUUAUAACACUGCUGGUGUAUAUACGUAUUUACAUUGUGCUGAAGAAAAGAAGGAAACGCAUCACUUUAAGACAAAACAGCGCUACCAUGGCUACAGAAAAUGUCACACAAAGCCAGGUAAUCCAGAUGCAAGAAGAGUUUAAUUAGACAGAAAUGAAAGAAAAUUUUGCCAGAAGAUUACAUUCGACUGCCUGUUUGAAACUUAGCAAGCAAACAUGUCUCCCUCCAAACAACGAGCUGCUUUCCCCCAUCGAAAUCGCAAAUUACUGUAGCAUAAGCCAGACUUUGUUCGUAAAGUCAGAGAAUGAGAUUGAGGAAUCAGAGAGAAAAGGCAAUUGUGCGACAAAGCAUGCAUGCGAAGUGAAAAAUCUUCCUAAUGGAAAGACUACAACUACCCUAAGACCUGUAUUAAAACGCAGGAACUUGCAGCUGAGAGAGAGAAAAGCAACUCGGAUGUUGGUUGUUGUGCUGGGUAUAUUCCUCAUAUGCUGGCUGCCAUUUUUUAUCAUACACAUUCUGAACACCCACUGCAAACAGUGCCACGUGUCACCAAAGCUCUACAGUGCUGCCACCUGGCUUGGGUAUGUCAACAGCGCCAUAAAUCCGGUCAUCUACACUACCUUCAACACUGAAUUCAGAAGAGCAUUCCUCAGGAUCCUAGCUUGCUAA